AUGUCAUCUCUGUGCUCGGGUUCUUCUCCACCUCCUUCUUCUUCGUUGGUUCGUGCCACGGCAAGUGAGGGCGAGCUAGAGAGACGGAGCUACGGCAACAACACAGGCUACUACCCGUCGGCGGCUGCGGAGAAACGGCAAGCCGGCGGCGGGAAAAAGUCGCACCGGGGGAGCACCAAAUCCAGGGGCGAGAAGGGAUUCAUCGAGGGAUGGUUCUGCGUAAAUAACCGAGAACCCGUGCUGCGCGUCGGUGUUCCACAUCAUGUCUUCUCCAUGUCUGACAAGCUCAAGGGUUGUAAACUUCGGAAAGUGAAGUUGCGGGAUGUGAAGAAUAUGAUGUGUGAUAUGAGAUGGUGUUGUGUCUGUGCCCCACCUCCUACACUUCGUCUCCUCGGCCCUAAAGGCACUAGCAGCCGGACCGAGAAAAAGAUUGAGCCAGUGUGCAGGGACAUUGAGCUCAAGGUUCUUUUGGUAGCUUACAUACCAAUUGGAAAUCCGUCAAGGCAGAACUAUGCACUUCUGAGCCAUGACCUCAAUUUUACAAAGUUCCUAGUGCCUCCUACUCCUAUGUACUGA